CGAGGACACAUAGUCACAAGGACUAAUUAUUCUGGCAAGAAACUGUCAAAGUCAUCCUACCAUCCGGCUGACUUUUCGGCGAAUAAUUAUAAUCAUGAACAACUUUCUGAUUGCCUCGAAAUCUGCACUGAAUGAUCUCAAUAAAUACGAACGAGUCAGAGUUGUAUCGGGGAACAGCACUUGCGAUCUAGACUCGGCCGUUUGUGCUCUCGUACUAGGAUAUUAUCAAUACGAAAGCUUGGCGGAAGACGAUAAGAAAAAAAUUGCUGUUAUCCCUAUAAUGAACAUAUCCGAGAGGGAAUACCGUAUAAAAACCGAAGUCGUGUGGUUUCUGCGAGCCAAUGGAAUUCAUUCGGACGCCAUAACGUUCAGGAAUCAACUGGACCUUGCAGGCCUGGCGAAUGAAAAAAAAUUAGAAUUAACGCUCGUCGAUCAUCACGCGUUGGGAGUCGAGGACGAACGAUUGGCGAAUAGCGUCGUCGAGAUAAUCGAUCACAGGCCGCGAGACCCGACCUGCUCGUGGCCCCCCAGCCUCAAACUCACCCUCGAACCGGUCGGUAGCUGCGCCACCCUCGUCGCUCACGAAAUAUUAACGAAGAAUCCUACAUUGAUGGACGCUCGGAUACGCGCUCUUCUGCGAGGCCCAAUUCUGGUGGACACUCACAAUUUAUCGGCGCAGGCAGCGCGCGCACGGCCCCUCGAUCGCGAGAUCAUUCGCCGCCUCGAAGAACCCGUCGAAACUGUCCCACCGAGGGAGCAAAUCUACGAGGAAAUUCUAGCAGCAAAAACUGACGUCUCGAAUCUUACGGCCGAGGAUUUGCUGCUCAAAGACCUCAAAGUCGUCGAUGAGGUCGCUCUUCCCGGCUUCCCCAUUCUCGUUGAGGAAUUUGUAAAAUUGCCCAACGCUCUGGAAGAUGUUUUGGCCUUUGGAAGCAGGGGCUCGUUCACCCUCGUCAUUCUCCUCGGAAUGGAUCUGAGGGGCGAGGAGAAAAUAAGGCGGGACGUGGGGAUUUUCAUACCCUCGAGGACGAGCGUCGAGCAGCACCACGAGAUUUUAUCCAGACUGAUGGGCUCGGAUCUCGGGCUGGAGAAUCGCGUGGAAAAAAAGUACGAAUCCUCCGACGGGAAUAGCCACGCAUUUAUUACGUUCAGACAAACGAACGUGCGGCUCACGAGGAAGCAGAUCAUUCCGAUAAUCCGGAGCGCGAUGACGGAGCUCCGGGCCCGGAGAGUUGAGACUUUACCACCGGCGAAUUGACCAGCGCCCGGGAAAUAAUACAGACGAGCGAGCACCGCGGCGCAACAUUUUUUUCCGAGCUUCGAAGUCUCUCGGAAUAGAGCGCGUAAUAAAGCUCUCAAUCUUUCCUCGCAUUCGGGGCGCGAUGGCUCUCGGGCCGGUUUGUUCUUUCGAGUGAAAUAAAAACGGCGUUCCAUCCCGAGCAAUUAUUCGCGAUCGGAACAUUAGCGCAGCGAGAAGAAUAAAAGCUUUUAUAAGAA